UCAUUUGGAAAGAAACCCGGCCACUCUGUUCCUGUCCAGCAUUUGCUGCCCAUUAGUAAAGGCAACUGCAGACAGCAAAAGACUAAAGAGACAUCUUUUUCCCCCUUUUUCCUUCCCAAGGACUUUUUCUCUCCCAAAACAAUUAUAAACAACAUGACCUCCAAUUCCAAUUUAUCCAACAUGCGACAGCUGGUAGAACAACUGAAGCUUGAGGCCAGUGUGGAAAGAAUCAAGGUGUCCCAGGCUGCUGCAGAGCUCCAGCAGUAUUGUCUGCAGAACGCAGGAAAAGACGCCUUGCUGGUUGGAGUCCCCACAGGCAGCAACCCUUUCAGAGAACCACGCUCUUGUGCCAUAGUGUGAAGUGGAAGACAAAGUGGAUACAAGUGGCAUCCCACUCAAAGAAGAUAUUAAUUUUGCUUUGUUUUUUUAAAUAGUGUAAUAGAUUUUAAUU